AUGGCACCCGACGUUGUUUCCAAGCUACAAUCCUUGGUCUCGGGUGAGUCGAAGAGCGCCCGCAAGAAGAAGGGCAAGGGGGACACUGCCACCGCAGUCCCAGCUGCCCCCGAGCAGGCGAAUUCUGAGUUCGGCGCAGGUGGCUCCGACGCAGCAGGCAAGGCCAAUGGUACUGACAGCGAGAACUCGUACAUCAGGGAGCUCCAGAAGAACAUCCGCAACAUCAACAAGAAACUGAGUGCUACCCAGAAGGUCGACUCCAUAAUCGAGGCUAAUCCCGGUGUCCCCCUCGACGAUCUCCUCGCGUCUCGCAAGAUUAACGCCGACCAAAAAGCCCAGGCCGAGAGGAAACCAGGCCUCCAGGCUCAGCUCGCACAGUACGAGGAGCAGUAUGGCCACUACACAAAGUAUGGGCAGGAGCUCGAGGUCAAGUUCGCUCGGGAGAAGGAGAUCUUGUCGAAGUCACACUCUGAAGAGCUGGAAGCACUGAAGGAGACAAUCAAGGCUGAGGCAGCGCUGGAGCAGAAGAAGCUUCUCAAAGAUAAGAUCCUGACUCUGUCCCGCUUCUUGAGGGCGGCUGCUGCUCGACGCCAACUUGAGGACGACGACUCAGACCUUACAAAGGCCUUUGAGGGCGCAUUACUCCAGGUGUACGGAGGGGAUGCUACUGCCGUGCUCGCGGCGGAGAAGCUAAUCGAUGGUGCGGAUGACGGUGUUCCUUCUACUGAGGGUGUGGUACUCAGCAUCACUUACUCCCAGGUCAAGCAGGCAGCGCUCGAGGAGGCUCCAUUUGCCGCAGAGGAGGCUUGGGUGGAUGAUGUGGCGCAAUCACAGCCCGCUCCUCCCGAAACCGAGGCAUCAGAAGCAGUAUCGGACCCAACUGUCACCAACGCAGGACUCACGGAGAUUGGCGAGAGCGUGGCGGGUCACAACGGCAGCGUAGAAGGCCAUGAGACGUCAGUUGCGCCAGCAGCAUCCAGCAUCGAGCCAGGAGCUGCAAAUGCCGCUGCAGAGGAGCAGUGGGACAAGAAGGCUACUGCAGGUGACGACCCGCUUAGCGAGUCUUUCGAGAUCAUCCCGCGAGACCCCGCAGAGACUGAGAACCCGCAUGUAGCUGCUCCCGUCACUAGCACCCAGAGCUGGGCGGACGAUACUCCUGAGCCGACAACUGCGCCUGCGCCGGCAUCUGGCAACGACGGCUUCUCCGAGGUCCACCACAACCGCGGAGGACGAGGACGAGGAGGACACGCCGGUGGUGAUCGAGGAGGAUACCGCGGCAGAGGCCGAGGCGGCCCUCGAGGUGACUUCCGAGGUGGUCGCGGACGUGGUCGUGGAGAGUUUAGGGGUCCGCGAGGCGGAUUCCGCGGCCCUCCUCGCGGUGAGUCGUCGUAG